UUCCUCUCAGCAAUGUCGGCCGGCCAGGUGGUGAGGAUCCACUUUCCGGAUGGCUCCUUCCGGUCUGUCCCCCUCACGCCAGAGACUGAUGUCACAGCCGUGACCAAGAUGAUCUUUGACAAGAACAAGCUCUGCGGCUCGUACGACGAGUACGCCCUCUACGAGCAAGCCGGCUCGGGCUCGCCGCUCCGCAAGCUGGGCAUAGAUGAAAAGCCACUGGUGGUGCAAAAGGGAUGGCCGGCAGAUUUGGCGGCCGAGUGCAAGCUGGUGCUGAGGCCAGUCAACAUCAAGGCGCCGCCGCUGAAGGAAGGGUAUCUGGUCAAGCGCGGACACUUUGUCAAGAACUACAAGCGGCGGUUCUACCGGAUGGCCAAUGGCCUUGCGCUCUACUUUCGGUCGCACAAGGACACAACGCCUGCAGGAUGCAUUCCGCUCAAGGGGGCGACAGUGCAGGUGGCGCCGGCCAAGAUCAAGAAAAAGUUCUCGUUCCAGAUCACCACGCGCGACGGGACGGAGCACUUUUGCAUUGCCGGCUCGGAGCAGGAGAUGAACUCGUGGAUGGAGGCUGUGCAAGAGUGGAUCAACUACUACUAUCUCCAGGCGUACACGGUGACUGAAGCCGAGGACGGGACGGCGGUGCCUGCAGCAUCGUCCAAGGGCUCCGGCGCGGCGGUGGCGGCCUCGGAGGCCGACGCCGCCGACGACUCUGCGGCGUCCAAGGUGACCAUCAAGGACUUUGAGCUGCUCCAGCUCCUGGGCAAGGGCUCGUUCGGCAAGGUCAUGCUCGCGCGCAAGCGUGGCGAGGAGCAGUUGUACGCCAUCAAGAUCCUCAAGAAGGACGUCGUGCUCGAGCACGAGGAGGUCGAGCACACCCAGGCCGAGCGCCGAGUCCUCUCGACCAUGGAUCACCCGUUCCUGGUCCGUAUGUACUACUCGUUCCAGACCGACGACCGCCUGUACUUUGUCAUGGACUAUGUCCGCGGCGGCGAGCUCUUCUACCACAUGCAGCGCUCGGGCAAGUUUUCCGAGGAGCGGGCAAAGUUCUACGCGGCCGAAAUUGUAUGCGCGCUAGGAUACCUCCACCGCAAGGGCAUUGUCUACCGCGACCUCAAGCUCGAGAACCUGCUCCUCGACGAGGACGGGCACAUCCUCAUCACCGACUUUGGCCUUGUCAAGGAGGGCAUCUCGUAUGGGGUGACCACGUCGACCUUUUGCGGCACGCCCGAGUACCUGGCGCCCGAGGUUGUCGAAGACGCGUCGUACGGCACCUCGGUCGACUGGUGGUCUGCCGGCGUCGUUAUCUAUGAGAUGCUCUCGGGCCGCUCGCCGUUCUCGGCUUCGGACCCGGAGCAGGUCUUUAUUCAGAUUCUCGAGGCAGACAUCUACUACCCGCGCUCGCUCUCGGAGCAGGCGCGCGACCUGCUCGAGCACCUUCUUGACCGCAACCCCAAGACGCGGCUCGGCUCGGGCCCGGGCGACGCCGAAGAGAUCAAGGCUCAUCCGUUCUUUGACGACAUCGACUUUGACGCACUCGAGGCCAAGCAGUUGACCCCGCCGUUCAAGCCCGAGCUCACCUCGGAUACCGACACCUCGCACUUUGACCCGUGCUUCACCCAGGAGCCCGCUAUGCUCACGCCGGCCCAGCCGUCGGCCAUCUCGUCAGCCGAGCAGUCCAACUUUGCCGGCUUUACCUUUGUCUCGGACACGCCGCUCGGAAACGGCGCAUAAAUCCGCGGGCUGUAAUCUUCC